UUGACGUUUCGUUUCUUACGAAACGUUGGAUAAAUUGGUUCGGGAAAUCAAUUUUAAAAAGGCGGUUAGAACUUGGAACGUUGAAUUGAGUUCUUCCAUUCAGCUUCCACUUUUUCAAAUUCUCAUACGCUUCAUGGUUCAGCUCCAUACAAAAAUUGUUAUUUGAAUUGGCGUGCUGUUAUGUCAUAUAGCUUUUUUAAUUCUAUUUUGAUACUCUUGUAUAUUUGCUAGUGUUGUAUAUACCAAAUACAGCGUGUGUAAUUGUGGAUAAAAUUUAUUAUUAGCAUUUAGUUGAAGAAUGUCCUAUCCACCUACUGCUCCUCAGGGAGGAUAUCCACAUCCAAACCCGGUGUAUGAUUCCAACUACCCACCACAGGGGGGAUACCCACAACCUCAGCCCCAAUAUCCUCCAGGAAAUCAGUACCCACCCGGGCCACCAGCUCCAUAUCCACCCACAACAGGUUACCCUCCAGUACCGGUUACCAAUCAACCUAUAGCUGGAGAUGGUGGUUGGAUGAAUAUACCGCAAGGGCCAGUCAACUGUCCUGCAGGGUUGGAAUACCUUACUAUGAUUGAUCAAUUAUUAGUACACCAAAAGGUCGAACUGAUGGAAGCUUUCACCGGUUUCGAAACCAACAAUAAAUAUUCUGUGAAAAAUAGUCUCGGCCAAAAAGUUUAUUACGCUGUAGAGGAUUCCGAUUGUUGCACGAGGAAUUGUUGUGGACCUUUGCGGCCGUUCGACAUGAGAGUUUUCGACAAUUUCCGAAAUGAGGUUAUCCACUUCCAUCGUCCAUUGGCGUGCGAUUCAUGCUGCUUCCCAUGCUGUUUACAGAGCAUGGAGGUCUCUUCCCCUCCUGGCCAUCUGAUCGGCACCGUUGAGCAGGAUUGGAGCCUGUGCUUCCCGAGCUUCUCGAUCAAGAACGCGAACGGCGACACCGUUCUGAAGAUCGACGGACCAUGCUGUACGAUCAGCUUCUGCGGAGACGUCGAGUUCAAGGUGAUGUCGGCCGAUGGAAGCACCGAAGUAGGAAGGAUAUCGAAACAGUGGUCCGGACUGUCCAGGGAGAUGUUCACAGACUCCGACUUCUUCGGCAUCACCUUCCCGAUGGAUCUGGACGUCAGGAUGAAGGCUGUUAUGUUGGGCGCGUGCUUCCUUAUCGAUUAUAUGUUCUUCGAAAAAUCACAAUAAUGGGAAAUGAGGAGCUUGUUAUUUACCAUGCACAAGAUUACAUGUUCUUCGAGAAGAAACAAAACAACUGAACCCUUCAAACAUGACCUGAUGAAUAUGUGAUUAUACAAAUUUUUUGGAUGAUUUACAUUUUUUUAACUAUUAAAAUUCUCUCAUUGUCAAAAAGCUAAACAUGAAUGCUAGUCAAUUUAUUGGCUGCCUCGGAAAUACCGUUUUAUUUCACCGAAGCACUAUUGUUUCACAUUUGAAAAGGAAAAGAUUCUAUAUGUUUGUGCCUUAACUAUUACGUUUAAAAUAAUUCAACCCCCAAGUACAUAAAUGAAUGCAAUGAUGUAUUUUUUCUAAUAUUUAAAUAUAUUGAAGAUUUUAUAUAACUUUAUCUGAUCAUUUUUAUCAGAACUGCAUGUUUCGCACAGCUUAUUGUACUUAUACGUUUAAUUUUUGAUUUGGUUUGAAUUAAUUAACUUAACCUCUGUCUUUUCGUGAAUAUUUUUAUUUUUAAAAUACUCUCAUUUGAGUAUUCAUUGUUCUUUUGUAUUGUUCUCGUUUUUCAAUAUUUUUAUCUCUUGAACCUCUUUAUUUCAAUAUAUAGUUGACUAAUAAAAUAUGAUAUAUAUAUGUAUUUAUAUUCCAUAUUAACAAGAAAUUUAUGAGAGUUUGUGUAAAGUUAAAUUUGCCAAUAAUAAGAGCCUUUUGCAUUAUAUAAUAAAAUUUUCUGGAUAUUCCUUUUGCAUUUGAAGUUUUCUAGUCUAUAUAAUGAAAGGUAACUCUGCAUGUAUUGAGAAAAAAUUUUCUUUUGCAUUACAGCUAUUCUAAAUGUUUUAUGGAUUUCCAUUUCUAUGUAAUACUUCGUUGAAUAAAAUUUAUGUAUCAGUGUUGGAA